AUGUAUGGUGAUAAAUUAAGUAUAGCUUGUUAUGGUGAUAAUAAACUAUUAAGCAAAUUAAAUUAUUUUUUUAAAGUUGAUGUAUAUGAUUUAUCAGAUAUAAAAUUAGAUGAGAGGAUAAAGAGCUUACGUAUUAAUUUAAAAUAUAUAUUUUACAAUAAUCCGAUAUCUGAAUAUUUUAAAAAUGAAGAAAGUUUAUUAUCCGAAAGAUCCUUGAUAUAUAUAUAUUUUUUAAGUUUAAAUAAUAUAGAUGAAUAUAAGAAUGAAAAGGAAUAUAUAUUGAAUAGAUGUAGAGAAUCACUUAAUGAUGAAAAUGAAGAAUUUAUUAUAAUAUAUGCAUAUAAUAUAGAUGAUAAUUUAAACGAAUUAAAAAAUAUAAAAAAGAUUAAAUCUGAUUUUAGUCAUAAUAUUUUAAAAAGUAUUAAAAUUUUAAGUUUACCAAUUUUAGAAGAUGAAAAUUAUUAUACAAAUAAAAAGAUUAAUGAAUUAUAUGAACAUUUCCAAACACGUUAUUGUGAUAUUCUAAAAAUAUGUAUUGAAAAAAAAUAUAGCUUAAUUAAAAAUGGAUAUAAUAAAAGCUUAGCUAAUUUUUUAACUUGUACUGAUAUAAAAAAAAAGACUACAAGUGAUAAAAAAAAAAAUAAUCAGAUUUUUAAAUUGGUAGAUAUAUAUGUUGAUAACAAAAAAGAGGAAGGGGAUAAUGAUAUGUGUACAACAAAUAUUAAUAUGAAUAAUAUAAAUUCUAAUAUUAUUAUAAAUGAUAAUAUUCCUAAUAAUAUAAAUAAAACAAAUGAAAUAACAAAUAAUAUUUUUCAAGGAUCAAACGAAUUUGUUGAUUUUUAUAAGAAACAUAAUGUAUUUUCAUUUUGUAAUGAAUAUGUAGAUAUUCAUUUUUUUUUAUAUCAAAAUAAUAUGUGCUCAUAUAUUAAUAGUUUACAAUUUUGUACUGAUUUUGAUGAACAAUUAUAUAUAGAUAUGUAUGAUAAUUUUUUAUCAGUUUUUAUGUGGAAUGAAAAUUUAUGCUUACUAUAUAUAAAAUUAAAUUUAUAUAAAAAAAGUUAUAUAUUAUAUAGCAAUAUAAAUAAAUUAUUUAUGAAAUAUCUCAAUGUAUAUAUUAAAAAAAAAAAAUGUAUUAUCCAUUCAUCAUUAUUAUUUGAAAAAAAUUAUCUCACAAUAGCUAGAUAUAUUAGAGAAAAACAUAUAUGUUCAUUACAUUUAUUAGAAUAUAUAUUUUUUAAAAAAAUUACCAUAUUAUUAUUCUUAAAUAAAUUUUCUUAUAUAUCCAGUAAAGCCUUAAAAUUUUCUCAAUUCUUUUAUAUUAAUAAAAUAUUUAUAUUUAUGCAUAAUUUUAAUCGUUUCAAAAAUAAUAUUCUAAAAAAUUCAAAUGAUAUUAAUUCUUUAAGGAAUAUUCAAAAAAAAAUUGUCAAAUAUAAAAAAAAAGUUGAUAAGAGACAAUCUACUCAUCAAACUAAUCACAAGGGAUUUUUACACAUCUCAGAAAAAAAUAAAUAUAUCACAGACCAUAAAUCUAAUAACCAAGUUAAAAAUAUUUCAGAUGAUGAGACUUAUUCAAAUUGUAGUGCUAUGCAUCCUAGACGUACACACAAAAUAAUUAGUGAUAUGGAUGAAAUAUUUAUAAAUAGUAAUAGUAUAGAUAAUCUAAUUGAAGAAGACGAGGAAAUUUAUGAAGAUCAAAAAAUUAAAUCAAAUAAAAAUACAAAUACAAAUGCAAAUAAUAUUAAUGAUGACUAUAUUUGUGAUAAUAAUCAUAAUAAUAACAAUAAUAAUAAUAUUCAUAGUAAUCAUCCCAUGGAUCAACAAAAGGAUGAACAUGAUUCAAAUAAUGCACAUACAAAUACCAGACUAUUUUCAAAUUCUAAGGAAAAAAAAAAAAAUUAUAAAAAUCAUGAACAUUCCCAAUAUGAUAAUUAUAACAAGAACAAAAAAAAAGAACAUUAUAACAAUUACGAUUUAAAUGUAUUCAAAAGUGAUGAUGAGAAAAUUUAUUUUCUUUUACAUUGUUGUUUUAUGAAUAAAGAAAAUUAUUUUGCCAUAUAUUUUUACAAUCUAGCUAAUUUGAUUAAAUUUUUAUUUGAAAGAAGAGGAUAUUUCCUGUAUCAAGAAGGAUAUAUGAAAAAAAUUAAGAGUGACAAAAAUAUAAAAAAAAAUUUAAAUUUUAGUAAGUAUUUAUCAUUACAAAAAAAUAUUAUGAAAUUAGGUUAUAAAAAUAAUUUUACAACGAAAAAAAAGAAAUCAAAAAAAAGUCUUAAAAUAAAAUCAAAAAGAAGUAAUUCCAUAGACGAAUCGUAUUCAUCUCAGAUUUCUUCAACCAUAUCAGAUAUAUCAGAUAUAAAAAAUACAUUUAAAUAUUUUUGGUAUAAUGAUUUCUGUAUAAAUGUAUCAAACAUAUUUAAGCUUUCUUUUGUUAUCUUGAAAAAUAUAUUAAAUAUUUAUCAUACGUAUCAUAGUAUUUAUCAUAAUAUGGAUAUGAAAACCAGAUUAUACUUUUUUAAUAUGUUCCUAAAUUAUUUGGAAGAAAAAAGGUUUGAAAAAAAUAUGGACAAAGCAGAUCUGGAAGACAAUAGGUAUUUUAAUAAUAUCAAAGGUAUUAAGGAUCAUGUUAUGAAUAAUAAUAAUAAUAUGGAUGAUAAUAAUGUGGAUGAUAAUAAUGUGGAUAAUAAUAAUGUGGAUAAUAAUAAUGUGGAUAAUAAUAAUGUGGAUAAUAAUAACGUGGAUAAUAAUAAUGUGGAUGAUAAUAAUGUGGAUAAUAAUAAUAUGAAUUAUAAUAAUAUUGAUGAUAAUAAUAUGAAUGUACAUAUGAGUUAUAAUAAUAUUAAUAAAGAUAUAAAUAAUGAACCUAAUAAUAUGAUUAAAAAAGAAAAUAUUUAUCAAAGCUUUCCAAUUUAUCAAAUAAAAAAUUUUUCAAAAGAUAAUGAAAAGAAAAAAAAUUCCUUAUUAUUAAAUAUUAUGAAUAAAAUCAUAAAUCUAUGUUAUAGGAAAUAUAAUAAUGUGUCCAUAAUAAAUAAAUUCUUUUUAGCAAUAUUAUUAUAUGAAAAUAAGUUUUAUAAAAAAUCUCUAAAGUUAAUAAAUAAAAUUAUAAAACGAUCAGAUUAUGAUUUUUUAACUAUAUUAUGUAUGCAAUUAUUAUUAUAUCAUAACAUAAACAAUAAAUUUUAUCAUUUCUGUUCGUCUUUCUUCUUAUCCAAUAGGUAUAUCAAAAUAAUGCCUUUUAAAAAUUUGAACAUUAAUUUUACAUCUUUUUAUAAUUUCCAAUAUUAUUUAUUUUCCUCGAAUAAUAAUCAUUCAAUCAUUAAUUUAGAGCAAAGGAAGAAUUAUGAUGCACAUUUUUAUGAUGCCUUAAAAAAUAAGGUCAUAUAUUUAUUAGAAGAUAUAUUAAAUAUUCAAAUAGAUGAAAAUAAUAAGAACAAUAUAAAUGAUGAACAAAUUAAAAAUGGCACAACAUCAGAAAUAAAUGAUAUAUAUGAAAAUAAACAUACACAAAAUGAAAUAAAAAAAUCAGAAGAUAAAAAUUCAUAUAAUUCAUCUCAUAUUUAUUCUAAUGCUGAUCAGAAAAAUUUAUCCUCUAUUAAUAAGAACAAAUUAAUAAAAAUAAAAACACAAAAAUUUUGUAAAGAAAACUAUUUUUUUCAUAUUAAUAAAUAUUUUUUAAAAAGUUUGAGAAAGUAUAAUUUCCAAAUUUCCAAAAAUCAAAAAAAUAAUCAUAUAUAUAUACCCAAAACAAAUAUUAAAAUAUUAAUUCAAGCCAAUUAUAAUUUGUACAUGUUUAUGUCAAAUAUGAUUUUUGAUAAUGUAAAUAAAGAAGAAAAAUAUGAAAGUUUUAUAGGGGGAAAUAUACCUGAUGAGAGUUCAUAUGAUAUUAAUAAUCACAAUAUUCAUAACAAACAUAACCAUAACAUUUGUAAUAAUGACAACUAUCAUAUAAGUGCUGGUAGUAAAAUAUUUAAUAAAAACAUAGAACAUAUAGAAUUAUUACUUAAUUUUAAAUUAAAAAAAAAAAUAGAUAAUCAAUGUUAUAUUGGAAACAUAAAGAAGAAAAAAAAAAAAAAACAUUACAAAAAAGACACAAGGAGACUUAAAAAAUUAUGUGUGCAGUAUGAAGAAAAAUUAGAUUUAUUUAUUUAUUCUGCUUUUACUCAAAAUUUAUAUAUUGAUGAAAUUAUUUUACAAUUAUCUAUUGAAAAAGAAUAUAAAAAAAAAAAUAUUAUGUAUGUUCACUUCAAAAAUGAAAAUGAUCAUUGUGAUAAAUAUAUUGUAAAAGAAGGAUUGAAUCAUAUCAAAUUAAAUAUUAUUAACCUUCUGGAAUCCAAAAAAAUAAGUUGGAAACAUUUUCAUUAUAAAGUUAAAUAUGUCUUUCUUGUUAUUAAUAAUUUUGCUUUGUAUCACAAAAUAGGUGUUAUACCAAAUAAAAAUUUAAUUCAACCAUUUAUAAAGUCAUAUAGUAAAUUCAUAAUAUCAAAUUUUAUAGUAAUUGAUCACAAUAAAAGUAAUAAGAAUAAUAUAAUUAAUACUACUACUCUUGGUAGUAACCAUUGUCUUUAUAGCAACUUUUUCAUUGAUCAAUUAUUAAGUCCAUUAUAUAUUAAAAUUGAAACGUUGAAUUCUAUAUUAAAUUGUAAAAUGUUAGCUUGUUUUCUAAACAGCACAUCAUUAAUUUGUGAUAACAUUAAUUAUAUCAAAUUGGUUAUUAAUAAUAAUUACAAUAUUAAUUAUAAUAAUAAUUACAAUAAUAAUUAUAAUAAUAAUAAUAAUUUAUAUCAAAACCAAUUCUUAUUCUCAAACACAAAUAUGUAUCAUAUAGAAAAUGAAGAUCAUAAAUUUAUACCCAACGAUUUUUUUAAAAAAAAUAUUCACAUUUUGAUUAAUAAAAUGGAUGAAGAUCCAAAUUAUUAUAAGAAUGAAUUUUUCACAUCAACAGAUUCAAUUCUUUUUUAUAUCGAAAAAAAUGAAGAGGACAAUAUAUGUAUUGAUCAAAUUAAAAUAUUGAAUGAAGAUGAUAUUAAUCAUUUGAAUGAAAAAAAUAAAAACAUUCACAGUGUACCAGGGUUUUCAAAUAAUAAUUAUAUUAAUCAUAUUGACCACUCAAAUUAUUUUCUUUGGAACAAUCAAGCAUAUUUUAAUGAAUAUAAACAAUUAUUAAAUCAUAAAAAUUUUGAAAAAGUCUAUGCUAUAAUAUCAUUUAUGCCAUCCAAAAAAAAAAAAAUGAAUCAUUAUAAUGUUCAUGAUUAUUUAGGGAAAAAUAAAAAUAUUGAACAUUUAACAGGUCAAUAUGAACAAAUAAAUGAUAAUUCCACAGGUACACAAAAUAACAAUAAUAUUUCUACUUUACAUACAAAUCAUAAUAACAUAAAUAAUUUAUAUUCUAUUCCAAAUUUAUGUUCUGAUAAAAUUACCAUAAAGUGUAUAAUAAAUAUCAACUUAUCUAAUAUAAGAAGAAAAGUAAGAAAAACGGAUACAGUUAAAUUAUUAAACGUUCAUUUUAUGGGGGAAAUAGUAUUUGAUCAUUUUAAUACACAUUAUGAUGAUAAACAUGUACGAGAAGAUAUAAAUGAACCUAAAAAUGAAGAUAAUAUAUCAAGUGAACUCUAUUUAAAUAAUCAAAUAUUUUUAGAAAAAACUUUUAACCUUGUUAAUAUUUUUCAUGAUCGAAUUAAUACAUAUCGAUCAAAAAAUGGAAUGAUGUAUGAAUUAGUAAUGAAAUUACAUAAUGAUAAUUAUCCUAUAUAUCUAAAAAACUUACAUGUUUCUAUAUUAAAAAAUUUAAAUACACAUAUAAAAAAUACCAAAAUUUUUUUUUUAAACAAAAAUAAUGAUCAAAAAAAAUAUCAAACCACAUAUUCUAUUGAAAACCAAAAAAUGGAUAUAGAACAUUCUGAUGAAAGUAAUUUUACCUUGUGUAGUGAAAUGGAAAGUAAGGAAAAAGUCAUUUCUUUUGAAAAUCAUGAUAUUUCAUUUGUUGAACAAGAUAAUUAUUUCAUUGAUCAAGUUCAUAUAAAUACAGUUCUUAAAGGAGGAGCAAGUAUUUUCUUUCUAUUUGAAGUAUAUUAUAAUAAUGACAUACAAAAUAAUGAUUCAUCAAUAAAUUAUAGAGAUUAUCAAAAUACAAUAGGUAAUAUACAUAUAACAUAUGUAUAUAAAAAUGAAACUAUUUUAAAGCUUCUGGAAAAGGAAACAAUUAAAGAAUAUAUGUAUAAAUUUCAUACAUUAAUUCCUCAAUUUUUAUUACCUAUUAAUGUAUCUUAUAAUAUACCCAAAACAGGAAUGCUUCAUUCCAAUAUAAAUAUUAAUAUAAGUAUAUCAAAUAAUAUUAAUGAAGAUAUAUAUAUGAAAUAUUAUAUAAACACACAUAAUAAUCAUAUGCACAAUUCAGAAAAUCAAUAUAAUUGGCUCAUAAAUGGAUUUCAAAAAAAAAUUAUUCAUAUAUCAAAAAAUUCUUCUUAUAAUAUCAAUUUAACAAUAACACCCUUAAAAGUAGGCUUAAUUAAUUUCCCACCUAUUUCUUAUUUCUUAAAUAUUAAUAACAACUGGAUAGAUAUUACCAAAAUAUUGAAAAAAAGUGAAAAUUUUCAAGUCAUAGUUUCACCUUCCCUUCAGUUUACUCCAAAGGUAUGGCAAAUAAUGUAG